AGAAAUCAAGCAACUCCAUGCCCACAUCAUCAACUCAAGUCCUUUAUUCUCUGAAGACUCCACCCACCUUCUUUCUACCCUCAUGUCUACGUACAUCCUAUGUGGACACAUAUCAUACGCCCGUAAACUGUUCGAUGAAUUGCCUCAUAGAAAUUUACUGUCAUACAACACUAUGAUAAGAAUGUACUCUGAAAAUGGGUUGUCAUAUAGUGCACUCAAACUCUUUAGUGAGAUGCUUACUUCUGGUAAUCAGAAGCCCGAUAAAUACACUUACCCAUUUGUAAUUAGGGCGUGUGGUGGAUUAUCGAUGCUCGAAUUGGGCGUUAUGGUUCAUGGAUUGACCGUGACUAAUGGGUUUGUUGCGAACACGUUUGUUGGGAAUUCUUUGCUGGCAAUGUACAUGAAUUGUGGCGAUAAGGAAGGGGCUACAAGAGUUUUUCAAACAAUGCAAGAGCGAACUGUGGUGUCUUGGAACACAAUGAUAAGCGGGUAUUUUCGAAAUGAUAGUGCUGAGGAGGCUUUAAUGGUUUUUAGGAAAAUGCUGGAUGAUGGGGUGGAGGCUGAUUGUGCUACGGUGGUUUCGGUGUUGCCGGUGUGCGGGUUUCUGAAUGACUUGGAGAUAGGAAAAGAGGUUCAUGCAUUCGUUGAAGAGAAGGACUUGGGGAACAAAUUAUCGGUCAGAAAUGCAUUAGUGGAUAUGUAUGCGAAGUGUGGUAGAAUGGAUGAGGCACGAGAAGUUUUCGAUGAGAUGGAUAAGAGGGAUGUGGUGACAUGGACUACAAUGAUCAAUGGUUACAUUUUGAAUGGUGAUGUAAGAAGAGCGUUAGAGCUUUGCCCACUGAUGCAGUUUGAAGGUGUGAGGCCUAAUGCAAUAACUUUGGCUUCUCUUCUAUGGGCAUGUGCCUAUUUGCACAAUUUGAAGCUCGGCAAGUGUUUGCACGGGUGGGCAAUGAGGCAAAAGCUUGAAUCCGAUGUGAAUGUAGAAACUGCUCUGAUUGACAUGUACGCAAAAUGUGAUUCUGUUUUAUUUAGCUUCCGUGUGUUCACCAAAACGUCAAAAAAGAGAACUGUCCCGUGGAAUGCAAUUCUUUCUGGGUGCAUUCAUAAUAAGCUCGCAAGAGAAGCAGUCAUUCUUUUUAAAGAAAUGCUAUUGGAAGAAGUAGAUCCAAAUGUUGCAACAUUGAAGAGUCUCCUUCCUGCAUAUUCCUUUCUUGCAGAUUUUCAGCAGGCAAGCAAUAUUCAUUGUUACCUAACGAGAACAGGGUUUCAUUCAAGAAUUGAAGUUGCUUCUGGUUUGAUUGAUAUAUACUCUAAGUGUGGAAGUUUAGAAUAUGCUCACAAGAUCUUCAAUGGAAUUCCUGUAAACAAUAAGGAUAUCAUUCUGUGGAGUGUGCUAAUAGCUGGGUAUGGAAUGCACGGGCAUGGUGGGGCUUCUGUUUCUCUUUUCAAUCAGAUGGUUCAAUCUGGUGUUGAACCAAAUGAAGUUACUUUUACAUCUGUGUUGCAUGCUUGCAGCCAUGCGGGUCUGGUGGAUGACGGUCUGCGUUUAUUCAAAUUCAUGCUCAAAAGUAACCAUGCAAGUCCUCAUCCUGAUCACUACACUUGUAUAGUUGAUCUUCUUGGUCGUGCAGGUCGGCUCAAGGAAGCUUAUGAGCUAAUUACAACUAUGCCUUUGGAACCCACUCAUGCUGUUUGGGGUGCAUUACUGGGUGCCUGCGUCAUACAUGAGAAUGUUGACCUGGGAGAGGUGGCUGCAAAGUGGCUGUUUGAGCUAGAGCCUGAGAACACGGGGAAUUAUGUAUUAAUGCAUAAAAUUUAUGCUGCAGUUGGAAGGUGGGAAGAUGCAGAGAACACGAGACAUGUGAUGACUGAAAUAGGAUUGAGAAAAGCACCAGCUCAGAGUUUGAUUGAGGUCAGAAACAUGUGAAGUCUGUGUAAUGCUUGCCCUACUAACACACAAAAGCCUCAGCUUGGACAAGGGUGGGCUAAAAGGCAAAAUUUCCCAGUCAAACUGACUUCAUCACAGUGGGAACUUGAUGGAGCAGAUGCAUGAAUUGUUCCAGGAUUUACAAACUAGCCAACGCCAAAUCAGCUUGGAAGGAAAGAUGUGUGAUAUGUAUUAAACCAUUGGAGUAGUCUUCUGUCUACCAGCAUUGUGAGUAAACCAUGAAUUACUAUUGGUCGGAUGAUUCAGAGGUCAGAGCACGGCUUUAAACAACUUAAGACUGUAUUGAUCUUUCUUGACUGUGGACGUAAUUUUCUUAUUGGAAAGCAUCAUCAUUGCUUUGGAAUGCCGAAGGCCCAGGUUAGCCUUUGAUUUUGCCGGUAGCAAUUAACUCUUCAGGGCAAGAAGCAAACUGCCUCAGGGAAAGAUGGGGAAUGUAUUGUUAAUUCUAAGGACUAGUGUGAUCCAUGCUUUAGAUAAAUAUACCCAUAAAGUGAAUGACUCAGAUUU